CUGCUAAAGCCUCAUCACUUUCUGAUUUGUCAUGCUGAAAUAUUAAUGGCCCAUCAGCAGUGCUCAGAGGGAGCUUAUAUUGCAUUUUUGAGUAGCCGGCUAGUAAUGUAGAAUAGACAAAUCCCAAGGCACCGGGCCAUUCAAGGCUAGCAUUGCAUUUUCAAUUAGGCUCUGAGUGAAUCCUUGGCAUGUGCAGAAGCAAAAACUGGUACACAAUUAGCUUAUUGUUCUUUCGGCUUUGUACAGAGACGAUCUGAAGGACUCAGGGAAAAAGCCAGCUUCAAGAAUUGCUAUUGAUGUGGAAUAAGGGAGUUGCUCUGUUCAUGCAGUUCCACUUGCUAACCCAGGAAUUCACAGCUAUUAUCAAGUAGCAGUCAGACUCACUUCUAGGCGUGUGCCAAAGGCUAGUCACUGAGAAACCUGCUCUCAUCCAGGAGGCUCCCUUUCAUCUGCCAUCCACUCACCAAUGGAACCCAAUAGUCCCAAGAAAAUACAGUUUGCUGUGCCAUUAUUCCAGAGUCAGCUGGACCCAGAGGCCUCAGAACAGAUAAGAAAGAGAAGACCCACACCCGCAUCGUUGGUUAUUUUGAAUGAGCACACACCACCAGUAGAUGACAAGAGGACGAACAGUACAAAUGAAGAAAAUGUGUCCCCUAGGCAAAGGAAGCAAAGUGUAUUCACAGCGCCGGCCAUGAAAGGUGCUGUGCAGGCAAAGCCCUUUAUUUGUAAUGAUAACCACCAAUCUUCCAGCAUGUUAGAGCACAUAACUGCUGAGAAUUCCGAUCCGCUUAUGAAACCCAGAAGGAAAGACACGCCGUAUCCCCUUGAAAUUCCUUUUAUCCCAGCGGUUAAGCAGAUAAAAAAACAGAACGAUUCUUCGUUUCCCGAGGAAGAGGAGGAUGGAGAGGAUGAAGAGGAGGUGUGUGACCACUAAACAAUUCCUUCACCCUUUGUUUUUCUUUAUACGGACUGUAUUGUUGUCUACAGAGCCUUGUUCUACAGAUUAACAGUUUUACCCAGAAUGCACCAGAUGUGCAGUGGGAGGGGUUUAUUGAGGUGAAAAAACAACAACAAUGUCCCCCCAGGGCAAUAAUCAGAUAAAUUGUAAAAUAUCCAAACUCCCAUCAUCUUUAUGGUGCAUUUCUGUUACUGAUCACUGUUCCUUUGCAAAGAGGAGUUUAACCCAGUGUAAAUAUCCAAAUGACUGUAUAGAUAUUAAACAGAUAAAUGGCGAGAAUAAUCGAGUUUUGUAAGUUUGCUGAGAAUUAAUUACAGUUGUGAUUCCCAUGUUAAAUGUACAUUGUGACAAGACAUUCAAAGUCCAAUAAAUGUGACCUAAUACCUUGCUUUAUAAA